AUGCGGUCGAUGCGUCUGGGUCGACCGCGCGCGCUCCCGGGGGUAGACGCGACGCGACGUGCGGGCGACGCGGGGCGAUGUGCGUUGAAAUCGAGCGCCAUCGCGCGCGACGCCGUGGCGCUGGAUUUCAACGCCGUCGCGACGGCGCACGCGACGGCGCACGGCGCGACGGCGAUAUCGAGUCGAUUGACGCGAGAUUUCGGCCUGGGUGACGCCGGCACGGACGUCGCGCUGGCGCAAGGGUUGUUGGGGACGGAGGCGCACGGGACGUGCGACGCGCGGACGACGGCGGCGGUGGAGGCGUUUCAGGCGUCGAGAGGGCUCGCGCCGUCGGGAUAUUUUGGUCGCGCGGCUCGAGCGCAGGUGGCGAGGGAGGAAGAGGCGUGGAGAGCGCUGGGUGGUGGGGAGCUGUUGAAGCUGUUGGCGGCGGAGGCGGCGCGCGGGACGGAGACGCGCGGACGCGCGGAGGGCGUCUCGGUGCGUCGAGGCGUCGCGGCGCCGCGCGCGGGGGUGCGCGUGAUGUACAGCGCGGUGUGGGUGUUCGCCGCGCUCGCGAUUUCGGGCGCGGUGGUGGUGACGCGGUGGGCGCGACGCGACGGCGGCGCGGCGGCGAGCGAGGCGCGCGGGGCGGGGAUAUUUAAGAGUCUCAUCGCCGCCGGCGUCGCCGCUCGACUCGCCGGCGUCGUGAAAAUAUUUGAAAAUGCAUACGAGCGCGCGUGCGAAGCCGCAAUCGCGCUCUAUGCGAAGAUGGCGGCGACGACGCCCGACGUCAAACGUCCAACGUUCGGCCAAUCGAACGACGCGACGACCGACAUCGACGCGUCGACGUCGACGUCGUCCACGACAACAUCUCCCUCUAGAAUCUCUCGAUCCGAUUUGCGUGUGGCAAGCGACGUUUUCCCACGCGGCGCUCGUUUCAACGCGUCCGCGAGAGCGGAGCAAAUGCGAGCGCGGUGGGCAAACAUCCGAAGAGAACCAGUUCGCGUCGAGGACAACGAGCGCGCCGCCAUCGAGCGCGUCUCCAACUUCCUCGGCGGCAUCGACGACACGAACGCCGCGGACCCCGACGUCGCGUGA